AUGUCUUCCCACGCUGAAAUAUUGCAUACACGUGCUAGUUCAUUAUUAACUCUAAUCGAUGGCCUUCAAAUUGAAAAUGAUCUAACAAGUGCACGUCGUACAUUGGAUGAUUGGCGUACAGAAAUGUUUUCCUUAAUAAAUAAUAUUCAUUUAACGACAACAAAUAAACUUGAUUCAUUAACAGGUCGUUUACAUCAAUUGAAACAACGUCGUUCAGCUAUAUUAAGACAAGAGAUAAUACCCAAUUUAAGUAAAGUGGUUAUUGAACGACGUAAAAAUUUAUCUGAACAAGAAUUAAAUGAUAUAAAAAAGAAAAUAACUAAAACCGAUUCAGAUUUACAAGUAUUUGGAAGAUUAUUAGCAAAAAUUAGUAAUGAUGAAAAAAAAUUAGUUGAACAGAUUGAAAUACUUAAAAGUAUUCAACGUGAAAAUGCUGAAUUAUCUAGUCUUGAUAAUAUUUCAAAGAUGCAACGUCGUUUUAUACUUGAUUCAUGUCAUUCACCAUUUAUAGCCGUGUCAGAUGAUAAUCAUAUGCUUAUUGAAGAUGACGAUCAUUUAGUUUUAUUUGAUGAGCAACGUCGUAUUAAUGAGAUUCCAUGGCAAACAAAACAGGAUGGUUCAUUUAUUGGUUCAAUUAAAGAUCUUACAUAUUCAAAUUAUCUUGGACAGUUUUGUGUUUUAUCAUCAUUAAAUUUUUUUACAAUUGAUCCACAUAUGUCAACAUUAGACAAGAUUGAGCAAUUAAAACCAAGUACAGGUAGUCAUUAUCAAUCAAUUGCUUGUAUUCCAAACUCAUCUGAUGCAUUUUUUGCUCUUACAACAUCUGGUUCGCGUACAAAUAUUGAACGUUGGUCAUUUUUAUCAGCUUCUCUUAUUAAACGAUGGUAUCAUGAUAUAUUUGAAUCAGAUGAUCGACUUAUAUCAUGUAUACGUGCAAAUGAAACAUGUUUAGCUAUUUGUAUAAAACAACAAAAAACUGAAAAAGGUUCUCAAAAUCAAAAUGAACAAUGGCGUGUAGAUAUAUUCGAUUUUACACUUGUUCGAAUGUAUCGUGGUGUUAAUCUUAAAGCUGGUGGUUUAGGAACUUAUAUAACACCAUUUGAUGAUCGUUCAUGGUUAGCUAUAAAUGGUAAUGAUAUAUGGUUAUUAGGUGAACAAGGUGAAUGUGUUGAAGAAAAAAGAAUUAAUGAACGUGAACAAUUACAUAAUAUAAUUGUUAAAGAUGAAGAUAGUAAUAAACAAAGACAGUAUAUUGUUAAAAUGGGUAAACCAGCUGAGUUACGUAUUAUUUAA